AUGGCUGACGACGGCCCCCGUCUCAUACGGCCCAUCCCACGCCGGCCCUUCGACUUUAACCAUGCGAAUCCGACUCCUCCAGAAGACAACUCGUCAUCACCUAGCCCCAACCCCGAGAUCGAUCUGUCUAGACUGCAAAACGGCCAGGCGGCGUCGUCGGAAUCCGGGUCCAUACCACGGGCCCAGUCUGUGUUGAACUUGACGGCCUCAACGCUGUUCGGCAUAUACUCCCCAACGUCCUACGGGAAGGAUCGCUCCUACAACGACCGGGACGAACCAGAAACCCCAUGGGGGACCGGGGCCCAGACACCAGUCAAGCAGGCGGGUGUUGACGAUGCAACUUUUGAGUUCAUGGAGGACCGCUCGAACCUGAUGCGCCGGCGGUCGUCACAUCGGAAUGGAGUCAAAGCCCCCUCGUCGUCAACCGCGGCCACCGCGCUGUUCACCAUCUCUCGAGUUGCACUACUCUUUGUGAUCGGUAUGGGGUACGGCAUGAUGGUCACCCGGCUGCAGAACGAGCACCGAUUCUCGUCCUUCCAAGUCGAAAGCAUGGUCAAGCCCGGCUACGACUGGCAGUAUCUGACGCUGUGGGGCUUGUCCGGCGUGGUCCUCGGCGGCCUUCUCCCUUGGUUCGACGGCGUGUGGGAGGAUACCUUUGGAAGAGAAGAAGAGGCUGGCAGCCCGCCAGAAGAUGGCAGCCCGGUAAAGGACUGGGCUCUGGUCGUCCGCAGCAUAGGCGCUUUCGUCGGUAUCGUUUUCGCCAUUGUGUCCCUUACGUUGGCGCUUGUCAACCCAUUUCUGUGGUACUUGAUUGACCGCUCGAAACCCGGUUUCCUGCUUUCGGCGGCUGUUGGCCUUGCCGGAUCAGCGGUGCUGAUGGGCAUCAACCCCGACGUAAUGCCAACGCCGUCGUCCCUGACCUACCGAAACGAGUCAGAGAGGGCCUAUUCGGAACCCAUCACUCUCGGGGGUCUCGCCAGCCAGGAAACCAUAGAGACAGGCAUUUGGAUGCUAAGCGUUCUGUUCUGCAGUUGCGUCUGCUUUGGAAACAUUGGCAGGCGAUUGGCGCUGAACAAGUCGGCCACCGCACGUGGGCGAUGGGCCGGAAUUAGAUGA